AUGACCAAUGACCAGUUGCCAAAAGUGAAAUUAAUAAUAGAAGAUGAUGACGUCAUUCUCGAAGCUCAGCAGCAGCAGCAUCAACAAAAACUUCAACAACGACAACAAAAACAAGAUGGCGACUACAUAUUUGAUUGGAAGGAAGAGGUCAAGGUGACGUUCAAAGUCGAAGAAACUCCACCAGUUUCGUUGUGCCUACUCCUUGCUUUCCAGCAUUACAUGACGAUGUGUGUUGCAAACUUGACUGUGCCGAUCCUCUUGGCUCCGUCCAUUUGCAUGUUUGACGAUAAUGUGGGAAAGAGUGAAAUCACUGGCACUUUGUUCGUUGCCUCCGGUAUUAUCACCCUCGUUCAAUCGUUCUUUGGUGUCAGGUUGGUCAUUCUAAUGUUCUUUGGUGUCAGACUCCCCAUAGUACAGGCAGGCACAUUCGCCCUCCUAGUUCCAACCCUGUCCUACCUCAGCCUACCCCAGUGGAAGUGCCCCGAUAAUAUUGUGGAUGCUCUCAACAAUGAUAGUACAACAACAGCAGCAGCAUCAACACCUUACAACAACAACAACAUCACUUCCGGUUACAUCAUAUCCGGAAGUGAAGAACAUCGACAGAUAUGGAUGACAAGAUUGAGAGAGAUUCAGGGCUGCAUAAUGUUGGCGGCCAUAUUUGAGGUGUUGGUAGGAGGGAGUGGCUUGGUGGGGUGCAUGAUGAAGUUCAUCGGCCCCCUCACCAUCUGUCCCACGGUCACUCUCCUCGGACUCUCCCUCUUCAAAUCAGCCCCACAGAUGGCCUCCAAGCACUGGGGCAUCGCCAUUUUAACGAUAUCUCUGGUCAUCAUCUUCUCCCAGUACCUUGGUAGGAUAAGGCUCCCUUGCUUCGUCUAUGGCAAGCAGCAGGGCUGCAUCAAACAUAGAUUUCCUCUUUUCAAGAUGUUUCCCAUCGUUCUGUCUAUCUUGGUGAGCAGCCUGCUGUGUUACAUUCUGACAGCGACAAACAGCCUGCCCUCGAACCCGGGAGAGGCGGGUUACCACGCAAGAACCGACCUCAGAUUGCCAUCCAUCCACGCUGCUCCCUGGUUCAGGAUCCCCUAUCCUGGUCAGUGGGGAAUUCCGACGUUCAGCCUAUCAGGAGUGUUCGCCAUCUUAUCGGGCGUGCUAGCCACCACGAUCGAAAGCGUCGGUGAUUAUUAUUCAUGCGCCAAGCUGGCCGGCGCUCCUCCCCCUCCCGUCCAUGCUAUUAAUAGAGGCAUCCUGGUAGAAGGUCUGGGCUCCAUGUUGGACGGAUUGUUUGGGACUGGCAAUGGGACGACGUCCACGAGUGUUAAUGUCGGAGUUGUCGGGAUCACCAAGGUUGGAAGUCGUGUGGUCAUCCAAGUGUCCGCCCUGAUAAUGAUCGUCUUCGGGCUGUUCGUGAAGGUGGGAGCCAUCUUCCUGGCUAUUCCGGAUCCGGUCAUCGGCGGGACUUUCUUCACACUGUUUGGAAUGAUAACAGCUGUUGGACUGUCAAAUUUACAGCAUGUUAACUUGAACUCUAGCAGAAAUCUUUUUAUUAUUGGAUUCUCCAUCCUGACGGGGCUAGCCAUCCCAGAAUGGAUCAACAGUAACAUCAACAUUAUUGACACUGGCAACAAGGGGCUGGACAAUGUGGUAGUGGUCCUACUGAAGACGAACAUGUUCGUUGGGGGUGUUCUGGGAUUUAUACUGGAUAACACCAUUCCAGGGUCGAGAAAGACUCGCGGCAUGUUUUACUGGGACAUACUCAGAGAGAUGUCGCAACAACAACAUCAUCAGCAUCAGCACCUCCCCGCCACAACUGUAUCAUCAUCAUCAUCACCGCUGCAACUGCAACAGCAUCAUCAUCAAAACUCCUCAACAACAACGGCAUCGCAACAAACAGCAACAACACAAAAGAAAUCUUACCUGAUGACUCAACUCGCCUCCACCUACGAUCUGCCGCUCUCGAAAUACUGGCUCCACAAGUUCAAAAUCUUCCGACAGAUCCCUCUGUGCCCCAACUACCAGGGCACCACCUCGCUACCCUGUCUACGAUUUAUUUGCCCUUUGACCUCAAGCCAGGGCACGCCAUCCCCCUGCUGCUGUAAGAACAACAACAGCAACCGAUUCAUCAAAUGUCUCUGCCGGUCAAUUGAAAUUUGUUGUAGAAGGUGUAACGAAGACGAUGAAGAUGACCGCGAUGAUGAUGAUGAUGAUGGUUAUAAUGGUGGCGGGGUUGGUAGCAGUAAUGCCAAACUGAACGGCUUCAAGAUGAGCGAAUAUUCGGCUACAGAGAGACUAGGACAAGAAGAGAAACUCAUUUCAUCAUCAGCAGCAGCACCAUCAUUAUCAGCACCACCAUCAUCAUUAUCAGCAGCACCAUCAUUAUCAGCACCAUCAUCAUCAGCAGCUUCAGCAGCGAUAAGAGUUAAUUGCAGCGGAUCUACAUUGGUCAGUCAGCUAGACGACGAUGAUGAUGCUACCAAGUUCUGACGAUGAUGAUGACAUAUAUAUAUUAAUGAAUAUAUAUUUAUAUAUAUAUAUAUAUUUAUAAAUUCUUACAGAUAUGAUAUAUAUGUGUGUGCGCGCGCGCGCGUGUGUGUGCGGGUGUUUGCGUUCAUUAACUAUUAAUUUAACAUAAUUUGUUAACCUAAUUUAAAGAAAUAUUAUAAUCUAUAUUUCCUCGAGCUGACCAUCGACAAACAUCCGGCACUGGAAUAGGAAUAAUAAUAAUAACAUUUAUUAUUAUUUUAAUAAUUAUGAUCAACUCAUUUAUUCAUUCAUUUAUUUACUCAUUCAUUCGUUCAUUCUUUAAUAUACUUGUUAUAUAAAGGCUUAACCAAUCAAUCAUCCCACCAACCAAUCAAUCAAUCUUUUAUCUAUUCAUUCAUCAUUCAUUUAUUCACUCAUUCAUUCAUUCAAUCACUCAUUCACUCAUACAUUUGGCAGUGUGAAUUCAUGUAUUAUAAUAACACUUGUACAUUACCACCAAUAUUUGUAUGCUAUCUACAUCUACAGUCCCCAGUGUUUCUUAAUUCGUUCGUUCGUUCGUUCAUUCAUUCAUACGUUCAUUCAUACGUUCAUUCAUUCGUUCAUUCAUUCAAUCAAUAAUAAUUCACUCACAUUUUUAGUAGGUACAUUUUUACAUUCUUCGUCAGUUCAUCUAUGUACCAUGUACUAUCUUGUAAUAAUGUAUUUUUGUUAUAAUUAAACUAUAAUUAAGGACAAAUUAUAUAAUAAUAAUAUAAUAAUGUAAUACAAUAAUAAUAUAAUAAUAAUAUAAUAUAUUGGCACGGUGGAACACCACACACACACGCUGUUGUUAUGGAUUACUUGAGGCUGAUAAGUAGGAUACGUCAUGUUACACAUUUUAUUGAUGGGAGUUUUGGUCGAUUGAAGUUAUAAGUUAUAGUAAUCCACCAACCGACCAAUCAUUCAACCAGUCAUUCAACCAGUCAUCCAACCAAUCAUUCAACCAGUCAUUCAACCAGUCAUCCAACCAAUCAUUCAACCAGUCAUUCAACCAGUCAUCCAACCAAUCAUUCAACCAAUCAUUCAACCAAUCAUCCAACCAAUCAACCAAUCAUUCAACCAGUCAUCCAAUCAUUCAUUCAACCAAUCAUUCAACCAACCGACCACCAACCAAUCAUUCAACCAAUCAUCCAACCAAUCAACCAAUCAUUCAACCAGUCAUCCAAUCAUUCAUUCAACCAAU